GUGGCCUGUAUCUCCUCCCCAUCAAUUGACAUCAAAAUGAAUCAGGUGAAAUUUAAAUACUUGUAAGUGUCCAUUUAAAAAGAGUCUUUUUGUAUAUGUCCAAACAUCUGUGCAUUCAAAAUAUAACAGUACUGUGGGAUGGUCCAGACCAAUUAGUAACUUAAACAUAAACAUUUAAGUUACUAAUUGGUCUGGAAAUUUUACUGAGUGCAGACUACUACACCUGCAUAUGAAUCUCAGGGAGAGCUGAGUACCAUGUGCAACAGCAGUCACUAAGCGUCUCAGGUAACACUAGACCAUCCCACAGUACUGUUAUAUUUUGAAUGCACAGAUGUUUGGACAUAUACAAAAAGACUCUUUUUAAAUGGACACUUACAAGUAUUUAAAUUUCACCUGAUUCAUUUUGAUGUCAAUUGAUGGGGAGGAGACACAGGCCACUCCCAAUAUGCACUCUAUAAAACACUGUGUUUGUAUUUGAUCACUAGGCUUGACAAAGGACCCAGUGGGGUCCGAAACGUUGCCCUUUUCUUGUAUGUAUAUGGGCUGAAUAAAUAAUAUCACUUAUUGCAUAAAAAAUCAGUGUGCUGCUGGAUUGCUUUCUACAUUGUAUGCUGGACCCUGUGGGCAGGAAAGGGUCAACCAGAGCAAGCACCUGACACCCUGCAUAGGGUUAUUGUGAAGGGUCGAGCACUCCGAAUUUUGCAAAUACUGAUUGAUUUUCCUGCUAGGAGCAGCACCCCUUCUAACAAACCUAUAAGGUUAUCUCGAUGUCGCAAACCAGCCCGGUAACCCAGGACACAACUUUUGCCUACACGGAGGCAGAUGCAGCUCGAAUUAUAGGAACUGACUAUGGCAACAGCUCCUUUCUUACGCUGCCUACAGGGGAUAAUCUGGCAAGAAAUCUGGAGAAAGAACGCAAACGCCUGAUUGGUUUGGAACUACACACAAUCACUCUGACUGAAUAUUACAAGUCUAAGAAAAUACCACGUGGCCUAAGAGUGAGUUUAAGGCCUACUAUCUUUCAAGAUAAUGCUGAAUUUGCACAAAGAUACGAGCAGAUCAUCAACAAAUGUUCCUUUGAUAUCCUAUUAUUGAAUAUUGAAUACCUGCAAGCUUCCAUUCCAGAGACACGCACACGCGUGACUGAACUUGAAAAGAAGCUAAGAGAGACCCUGCAGCCAUCAGAACUAAAGAAUUUACUGACCCGUACAGAAGACAGCAUCCAGCGCCACAGGAAGGAGAUAGAAGAUAAAAAACGCUCCAAAUACCAACGCGAUUCAGAAGAUUACAGACAGGGGAGAGUAUACCAGUGGUCCGGACGCAGCGGUGACACACGUCGCGAAUUCCCGCGAGAGUACCCAGGCGCCUACGUGAGGAACGCUAGUCGGCAGAGACCACGUGAGUGGCAGAGGGAUUGGACAGACAGACAGCAGCAACCACGCGGUCACGACCGCACAGACUACGAGAACACGCGGGACACGGCGGCCUACGACAGUUCGGCAUCCACAUCUUCUUCUUUUUUAGGGGAACUCCCGCCCAACACCGCAAGAAAACGAGAAGAGGAAUCAAGAGACGCAGCCAACGGGCAGAGAUCCAAAGAGAGGCAGCCCCACUUCCAAACAUCGGGACAGAGGAGACAACCUUACAGAUCAGCGAAACGGGACAAUCACAGGAGACGUUACUAAUUGGUCUGGAAAUUUUACUGAGUGCAGACUACUACACCUGCAUAUGAAUCUCAGGGAGAGCUGAGUACCAUGUGCAACAGCAGUCACUAAGCGUCUCAGGUAACACUAGACCAUCCCACAGUACUGUUAUAUUUUGAAUGCACAGAUGUUUGGACAUAUACAAAAAGACUCUUUUUAAAUGGACACUUACAAGUAUUUAAAUUUCACCUGAUUCAUUUUGAUGUCAAUUGAUGGGGAGGAGACACAGGCCACUCCCAAUAUGCACUCUAUAAAACACUGUGUUUGUAUUUGAUCACUAGGCUUGACAAAGGACCCAGUGGGGUCCGAAACGUUGCCCUUUUCUUGUAUGUAUAUGGGCUGAAUAAAUAAUAUCACUUAUUGCAUAAAAAAUCAGUGUGCUGCUGGAUUGCUUUCUACAUUGUAUGCUGGACCCUGUGGGCAGGAAAGGGUCAACCAGAGCAAGCACCUGACACCCUGCAUAGGGUUAUUGUGAAGGGUCGAGCACUCCGAAUUUUGCAAAUAUUGUAUAAAUUGGAUAACUGGGCAGCAAACUGGAAAAUGAGGUUCAAUGUUGAUAA